CAAUGGACCAGCUUGACAUGUUUUUUUUUGAAGUAAAUAAUUCUGUUACUUUGGACAAGGUUUGACCUCCUCAACAAGUUACAAGUAAUAAUAAUUAAUGAAAGUAUAAUUUAGAAUAGAAUAAGUACAAUAACCAUGAGAAGGGAUGUUUUAAAUGUUAAUUGACGUGAACUUAACAGUGAGCAGUUAGCAACGCUACGACCACACUCUUACACUAUUUUGACUAGUUAGUUGGACACUAGGCACUAGCACUAGGGUGACCAAAUCAUGAACUGGGAAAAAACGGGACACACCCAAGGAGGGUCUGGGGGGAUACCCUACAGCUAAAGAGGGGCCCGGGGACAUCCCCCGGAAACUGUUUAUUGAAAUAUGCUCAUUUCAACUAUUUUGAGAUCUAGAAAUCUUUUUAAAUUUACUUUCAUUCACUUUUGGAUUUUAAUUUUAAUUUAAACUGAUGCAUAUCAUAAAUAUAAACGAAAACAAUAAUUAUAAUUUUGCAGUCAAUACUUAUUUAUUUAUACUAUACAUAUUUUACCACAUAAUACAACACAACAAAUACAAUUUCUCUAGUCUAGGAUUUAAAUUGUGGAUAUUUGGCUGUUAAAACGUCCUUCUCAUUAAUCUUAUCUACAUGUAAUAUAAAGUUGUCAAAACAAGAACAGAAAAUGUGUUUAGUUUUAGAAACGAGACAUUUAGGCGUCCCGAGGGACUUUUUCGGGACACCGGGUACGAUCGUGAAAAAACAGGACAAUCCCAUUUUUAUGGGACAUUUGGACACCCUAUUCUACACUAGAGAGUGUGAUGUUACUAACUACUAACUCAGUUAGUGACUAACUGCUCAAUGUUAAGUUCUCGUCAAUUAACAUUUAAAACAUCCUUUUACAUUACAGUAAGCUUACACUACCAGACUACCACUAUCUUUAACAAAUCAUUAACAAACUAAGAUUAAUUAUUGAGGUGGCAAUGGGAAUGACUGCACUCAAAGUGUAAAACUAGACCAAGGACAAGACGUUUUACAGUAAUCUCUCUACUUAGAAUAGAAUUCAAUCGAUAUACUUGAUAUGACGGUCAUGGCACUCAUGGUAAAAAAAACCUCAUAAAAUCAUAAUUUAAAUUUCCUUUCCACCAAGACCAAAAGCAAAUUCAUAAAUUAGAUUUUAAGUUCGGCCUAUGAUGGAGAUGGGGUCAUCCAUUAAUUAUGGCAAAAAAAUAGGGGGGAAAGGGGUUUUGGAAAUGUUUCACAAUUGUUGACACAGGGGGGGGGGGGGCUAGAUCAGUUGUCUUCAACAAUCAUGUUUUCUCUAUUAAAAUUUUAAUCUUAAAAAUUGACUGGUUACUAGAUUAUUUUAUAACAUUUAAUGAAUGUAAAUUAAAAUAGUAUUAAGAUUUUGAGGCUUUUAACAAUAUAAGAUUUAUUUAAUGUGUGUCUGUCUGUACACUGCUGAUGGCUGGUCAGAAUGUUAUCACACUUUGUUAGUGCAAGAGAAGUCAAAAGUUGCCCUGUCUUCACCUGUAGAUUGAAAUGACUAGGGCUAUAUGUUUGCAAUCAUGUUGCAUUUUUUGAAGAAGUAAAAGGUUCAAGUGUCAUGUGCAGUCAAGAUAAAUGAUAUUGAUAGAGUAGGAAUACAAUAUUUUGAGAAUUAGGGGAAAUUAAAGUUAGUAACAAUAUUAACAUGGCUGGUUGAAUGGAUUUUCAAAAUUUUGCAUCACUAGUCAUGUUGAAAUAGCAUGUUCAACAGCAACGACAAUGCAUAAGAAAUUACUACACCACUUACUCCUCAACAAAAAAGACUAAUGCAAGUAGCUGCCAGGAGAUAGAGAGAGAGCUUAUGGCAAUUAUUGCUUACACUGAAUAUGCUUCUAUUUUAAGAGCUGAAUGGUUAUAUGAGAAUGAUUUUUACUUGUCUGGUAUAUCAGUUCUGGAAGAGGAAAAUAAUAAAUCAACUGCUAUGCCCAUUGUUACGAUAAAGCAACACCUGGCUACUCCCUGGCUUACAUCAGCACAGACGCCGCCAACCUUUUUUGAGUGUAGAUCCAAUUUUAUAAAAUUAUAACGCAGGAACUGAUUGAUUAAAUUGCAUCAUAAAUUUGAUAUUGCAAAAAACAUUACUAUUUAAAUUAAACCUACUUAAAAGACCCGAGGCCUAAUUGUUGUGUUUAACAUUAUUUUCAGCUCUUCCAAAUAACUACUUCAAAGCAUAAAAGUACUGACAUUUCAUUGAACUUUGUGUGCAAGCUGAUCCCAGUGAUGUGCAAGAGUUCUAUUUUAUUCAGCCUGCUUGUUUUCUUAAGCUACUUAAGUGUAAUCACAACUGAAAAACAUGCUGGCUGCUCCGCCCCCUUGGUUCUUCCAAAUACACCAUUCUAUGUUGUGUGGAACCAUCCCAGUGGUGCUUGCGAGGCCCGUGGACAACACUUGAAUUUUGAAAAAUGGGGCAUUAUUGAUAACAACAAGGACAACUUCAUUGGUGAUCAAAUAAGUCUGUUUUAUAAUCUUGGGAUAUGGCCUAGAUUCAGUGGCAAUCUUAGCAUUAAUGGAGGUAUACCACAGGUAAAAGUGAUUGUUUUCAAAAUGUUGAGUACCAUGAAAGCUCAAGCAAGUUUAAUGUUCAGUUAAAAACAAACACAACUUUUAAUCCAAAAUAAAAUUUUAACAUAAGUUUGUAUAUUAAAAUUUUUCAGUUACCUACAUAACAAAAUCUUUAAAGAAAUAUCAAAAAUAAUUGUAUAGACUGAAAAUAAAUGUUACGGCAUUGUUUUUUAAUUAUUGGACCAUUGUUUGAGGCGUUUAUUAAAAUAGUUAAUUCAUAGCUCUGUAUUUAAUUCAUAGUUCUGUGUUUAUUUGAUAGCUCUUAGUUAAAUUCAUAUCUCUGUGUUUAAUGUAAAGCUCUGUGUUUGUCUCAUAUAUUAUAAUUCUACUUUUAUCACAAUUUUUCUCUAUAUUGUAGCUGGCCAAUUUAACUAAUCACCUCAAUAAAGCACAGACAGAUAUAAAAACUAUUUUGCCAGAUAGGAACUUCUCAGGGCUUGCUGUCAUUGAUUUUGAAUCCUGGAGGCCCAUCUUUGCGCUCAACUUUGAUUCACUAAGUAUUUACCAGAGAAAAUCACUGGAGCUUGCCAAGGAAAAGUUCCCAGACUAUGAUAAAGAUGCUUUACUGAAGGAGGCAACAAAGGAGUUUGAAAAGGCUGCCAAGUAGGUUGUUGGUUUUUACCAAAUAAUUCAUGUUAUAAUCAAAUGGGAAAUUAAGAGCCCUAAAAAGUUUACUAUAUAUUUAAUGAUUGUGUAACCAUAGUAGCUUUAUAAUAACUAAGUAUUAGAUAAAUGUCAGAUUCAUUUUCCAGGUUAUCAUUUUUAGAAUUAUUUAUAAAUUUUAAUAUAUUUAUUGCAUUAUCCUAACACAUUAGGUAUAAAACCUAUUUAGAGAGCCAGCUAAAAUGGACUAUUGUAAUCUGUUCUUGUGGAGAUGAAAACCCUAAAUAUAAACUUUCAGCCACUAAAGCAGCAGAUAGACCGCAGCUAACUCGGCACUGGCUAAAAAUGUGUGUCUUUAAAAAAGACACAGUCUCACCAGCUCAUGGUACAGCUCCUGAAUUUAAACCUUGAAAUAAACACAAAAAUGUAUAACAAACAACUUGGUUUCAAAGGUUACACAAGAAGUUCAUGUUUCAGAAUAGAUGUAACUAUAUAAAACAAAAAAAAAAUUUUUAAAAUAAUAAUUCCGCCCUUACUGUAAGAAUAAACAAUACUAAAGAAAAUAUUUAAAAUAUCUGUAUGAACAUUUGAUACCUGGAGCAGAUGGAGUCAUCCAUAAACAAGGACUCAUAAAUAUCCAAUGUCAACAGUUUAGAUGUACACCUGUUCAUCAUUCAACAUUAUAAACUAAACAGAACCAUCUUUUCACAACUGUCAAACUUUACUCUACUUUUGGCAGAUCUAUCAUUCGUAAAACUCUGGAUUUUGCCACACUACUGCGCCCAAAUGGUAAAUGGGGAUUCUAUGGCUACCCUCGUUGUUGGGACAAUUACUGUAAUGAUUCUACUAUACGAAUCAACGACCAGUGAGUAUAUAUAUUAUUAUAAUGUAUCCUUAAAUCCAUACAAAUAUGUCGUUUGUCAUGACUUGGGAUGAAGAUUUGCAACGUUUUGUUUUAGCCUGAAGAGUGAUGGGCAUAAUAUAGAAACUGCUUGAUUUAUUGUAGGACUAAAUUAAUUCUAUUUAAUAAUGAGGUUUGACUGGAUUCACAAAGACAUUGAUGACAAGGUUUAGAAUAAAUCCUUUAUCAUAAUUCUGUUCCUGUUGAGAGUUGACAAUUAAAUUUACUUUAAAAACUUUUAAAACGUAAAAGCUGCAUUUUGAAAGGUAAGGUUUGCCAUUAAAUUACAGGAUCUAAUGUCAAUGUUCAUAAAUUAUUGUAAGCACUGAUUAUUUAUUUACAUGGUCAUUGUACAAAAUGAUAACAUGUGUCAUGUAGAGAAUUGAAAUUGUAAGAAAUGGUUUGAAAGCAUGGUUAUCCUAAAUAUGUGAAAUAUGUAAAUAACGUGACAGACCUGUUUACUCUUACGAUUUUGGCGUACAAUGCACGAUUUUGAGGUGUAUAGAUUGUAUAUACUACUGUAUGUUAUUUUUACUAUGAAUAUAACGUAUUAAAUGACUUUUUGAUGAUAUUGUACGAUUUUAAGAGUUUGAGGGUAAACAAGUCUGACGUGACCUGAUUUAUCAAGAUAUUUUGCUGUUAAACUGUUGAACAUUUUGGACUGAGUCAUGUUAAACUGUUGAACAUUUUGGACUGAGUCAUGUUAAACUGUUGAACAUUUUGGACUGAGUCAUGUUAAACUGAGUCAUGUUAAACUGUUGAACAUUUUGGACUGAGUUAUGUUAAACUGUUGAACAUUUUGGACUGAGUCACGAAAGCGAUAUUAAUUGGAGCACAUUUUAUUUUCAAUAUUUGUUUGAUGAGAUUAAAUAUUUAGUCAAUAAUGAAAUAAUUCCUAAUAACUAAUAACUUCCCUAUACUUUUAUACAGGUUGAACUACAUCUACAACAUCAGCAGUGGCCUGUAUCCAUCCAUAUACUUCCAGCUGAAAGUUCCUCCUAGUGUUAGAGCUGCCAGGAUAGAGCAGCUUGUAGAAGAGACCCUUCGCUUGAAAGCCACAUGGGCCCCACAAGAUGCCGAGAUACUGCCCUACGCUUGCUCACAGGAAGGGCCCUACAAUAUGUUUGCACCAGUAAGAAUUUUAAUCAAGCUAACAUAUUAAAAAUAUAUUUAUAAUUUGUACUUUCCACCCACCCAUAUUCACUUGACCUAAAGAUUGUGAUUGAAGAGGCAUUUUCAAAGUAGCACAACUUUAAAUAACUAAAAUAAUUGAAUCCAUUUUAUAGUUAAGAUAAUUGUAUUGGGACUGAAAAUUGACUUGGUGAACCAGAGAAAGAUAUUUUAGAUUUGUUUUUAUUUAUAUCGGAACAAUGUCAUUAAUAUUUAUAUUAAAACACUUGCUAUGUUACUAUGUCAACGGUGUCAGUUAUAAUAUAUGUCAACAUUUGUAAAAAUUAGCAAGUUCUAAUUGAUAACUUAAUCUCAUAUUUGUUGCUUUUACUUUGCUUUGAAUCAACUGAUCUACCGAUAUUAUACUGGCUUGUGUUCUUGAACCACUUGUGAUCUAUCUUACAGUCGGACCUUUACAAUGCCAUUCGCCAGCCUGCCGAUAUGGGAGCAUCAGGCGUUGUCCUGUGGGGAUCGUCUGAUGACAUGAGACCCAAGAAUGAAUGUCUGAUCCUACAACAGUACAUUAACACUACUCUAGGACCAUAUGUUCUGGACGUCACCAACUUCUUCAGCAACUGCUCACUCAUGCUUUGCGGCGGUCACGGAAGGUGUGUCAAGAAAGAUUAUGAACUGAUAUAUCAAUAUCACCUGUCAAAAUCCGGGCGCCAGCAGUGCCGGAUUUCUAAAGAAAAAUUGAUUUUGAAAAGGAAAGUGAGAACGAGGAGUUCAUCCCUUAAUGGCGGUAAUGGUGGGCUAGGUGAUCAGACGCCUAAUCAAAUUCUUCAGGAAAAGGAAGCUUUUCAAAAUAAGCAGGAAAUUCCCCUAAGGAAUUCUAAAUUAAACAGCCAACGAGAUGUUGAACAGACUAGGUGCCCUACAUAUUUUGAUGUUGAGAAAUAUUUGAAGGAUGAGGACAGUGUUGAAAUGCGGCACAAGCUGGUAAUUCCCACUGAGACAACAAGCGCGGGCAAAGUUUAUGAUUUUGAUGAUUAUGUGUGUAAAUGUUUCCCUGGAUGGAGUGGAACACAUUGUGAUCAACAUCAACUAUGAUCCACAAGUUUGAUGAGGAAAUGUAAUAUUUUUGUGUAAUAGCACUUCUAUUAAUAUGUAUUCCUAUACCUAGCUGAAGUGCAUUAAUUUUUGUUAGCAUUUUAAAUACUAACAGUAAUGAUUUAUCUAGGCGUUUGUAAGAUUGAAUUGUAAUCCAAUCCAUCUUGCGCAACUUUAACUAAAGAAUCAUAAUGUUAUUGUGAAAAUGAGAUUAUAAUUUACUCUCAAUCUUUUAUCACAAAGCCAAUUGAAUAUAUUUUUUUUUAGAAGAUGCUAAGAAAAUAAACUGAAUUUAUUCGUUCCUGGGUACCAGAAGUAAGAGGUUGGGAUUAAAAAAAUAUUUAAAAUAUUAUUGUUGGGCUUGUAAGACAAAAUGAGGUAUCAAAUGAAAGAUAGUUGAAUGGACUAUAUGUUUGUAAACUUACUUCUGCAGUUUAACUAAAAUAUAUUACCACAAAUGACAUCCGAAUAGCUUGAGUCUAAUGGUACCUGGGUGCAAAUGGCGCCCUGCGUGUCCAGGCCAUUUUUACUCAGUGCUAUUCGGAUGUCAUUUGUGGUAGUUUAUUUUAGUUAAGCUAAAGAAUUAAGUUUACAAACAUAUAGUCCAUUCAAUUAUCUUUCAUUUGAUACCCCAUUUUGUCUUACAAACCCAACAAUAAAUUCUUAAAUAGAGUUUUUAUCCCAACCUCUCACUUCUGGUACCCAGGUACGAUUAGCCACUUUGAAGAAAAUACAUUCUGAUUAUAGAAAGUCAUCAUAAAACAAUAUUUAGGAAAUGAUCCAAUCCGAUAUUGUAAAAUUGUGCAUUUUUAUUGGACUUCACUUUGGUCAUUUAUUUCCCAGUAAUUUUAAAUCCUAUAUCAUGCAAAGUCAUACAUGCCAACCUGUACAGUUUACCUAUACUUUGUAUGUGAUAUAAGUGUUUUAAAAUGUGACAUACAGUUCAUACAGUAUUUAGUAUGGUUUUUUAGGUAUUUAAAAGAUAUAUUUUUUUUGCAAAUCACAUAAAUUCAUAAAAGGUCAACAGGAAUCAUAAAUACAAUAGCUCCUGUCCUAAAUGACCUAUUGCCUAAUGUUUGGGUCGCUAGGCCAUAUAAACAUAGAAUCUGAAUGAGGUUCGGCAUGUAUGAAGGUUAUACUGGUAGCUGUAACAGCAAUCCUUACUAUUAGUAGCUAAGGAACCAAGGAAACGUACAGCUCCCUGGGCAGUGGGGGUUGCAACGCAACGCCAUCUCCGGAGGGGAAGCAAAGCUGUUCCAACCCUACGUCCCGACCGUAAGACUCAAUGGGCAAGGGGGACUGUGACGCAAAACUGCUCCCUCAUGAGUGGAAGAAACCUGCCCAAACCCUGUCUCUCGGGGCCAGGUUGCAUGGCCGGAGUCCCAAGGGACUACUAGGCUAUGUUUCGCAGCCAGAGGUCCUAAGAGAUAGAAUCUCGACCUCCGAGUAUUGAUAUUUAUAAGUAUCUACAUUGUGUAGUAAACAAUAAUUACAAAUCUGUUUGUGCAAUAAUCUUAGCGCAAACUGCAGUAUCAGUAAGUGUUCUUUUAAUAUCUAUUCAAGAAUAAUUAAAUGUAUUUAAUAUCACUAAGUUCACAAACAAGGAAUAUGAAUAGCUUUAUUAGUAGAUUAAGUAUAUUACUAUUUACAAGUCACUGACUCAUUUUAACAUGUUAACACUAUCUAAAACUAAAGUGGGUGAGAUUUUCUUGGUUGCGUAAGUGGUCCUACCUUUAAUUUAUGGCAGACAACAGCAAGAAUUGUAUGUUGUAUAUUAUAUUCUUUUGUUAUUUUUAGCUGUUAAAGGGAGUAAUAAUUUAUAAUUGUUGCAUGUCUAGGUUAUUUCAGAUAAACAUGCUUUAACCUAUCCUGUGUAAUGGGGUAUAUUCAAAACACUCAAUUUGUUUGAUUGGUUCCUUUUACCGACGAUGUAGCUAAGUAUUACUUGAAAAUCCCAUCAUUCUAGAUCUUUCUAUUCUCAUUACUUUCUUCUCACAGCUUUUUACAAUUUUGGUUUCAAAGUUUUAAUAAAAAAAUACGGUAAAAUAUUAUUGCUUACAUUCCCUUGACAAAAUCAAAGGCUUAUAAAAUGUUAUCUAUUAUCCAAAUUAUCCACACUUAAAACUUGCAGUAUAUUUCAUAAUUUAUUAUCUCGGGGAAAUGAAAUACCUAUAAAUUUUAAAAGCUAAUGAAAAACAUCACAUCCCUUGUGAAUAUGGUUUAGGCUUUGAUCAUAUUUGAUGUGUUUAAAUCUAUCCAUGGAGAUGUUAAGCACUUACAACAUAUAGUUAGUCUUUGAUGUGUUCACAUCUAUCCAUGGAGAUGGUAAGCACUUACAACAUAUAGUUAGUCUUUGAUGUGUUCAUAUCUAUCCAUGGAGAUGUUAAGCACUUACAACAUAUAGUUAGUCUUUGAUGUGUUCAUAUCUAUCCAUGGAGAUGUUAAGCACUUACAACAUAUAGUUAGUCUUUGAUGUGUUCAUAUCUAUCCAUGGAGAUGUUAAGCACUUACACUUACAACAUAUGGUUUAUUUUUUCUAUAACCUUUCAGCGCUGCCUUACUAAGCUGACAUGUAAAAAACUUCUACUCUUUAUACUUAGCAAGAGUGUAUUGCCUUACCUAUCACAUGGAUACUUUUUAUGUAGUAUUCAUUUUCUGGUAAAUUUAUUUAUACUAUAAUAUGUAAUUUCUCUUUAUACAACGAUUUUUGUGGGAUAUUUUUCACUGUGGCAAUAUAACAAUUAACAAAUAGUGUUAAGUUAUUAUUUGUACAUAUGCUACACAUACACAUACUCGGCUUUCAAUUUAUUUGUUGAUUUUUUAUAUAACUUUUUUUUAAACGUAUGUGAUAAUUUGUAAUAUUAUAUUUUAAUCAUUUCCUACUACUGAAAAUGUUCGAAUAAAUAUAUUUGAAAUUCUGUUUUUUUUUUUGGUUGUUGUUUAUAAAGCAACAUUGUACUAGCAGGACCUAAUAAUUACUAGGACUCGGCUGAAUGCAGGUAGACAUGUGUCUGAACGCUGGUAUACAUAUGUCUGAAUGCUGGUAGACAUAUGUCUGAAUGCUGGUAGACAUGCUUCUGAAUGCCGGUGGAUAACUGUUAUGUACAGGAAACGUUUGUUUCACUCUAUUUUGAAAGAGCGUAUGCUCAUGCAAGAGCACUUUUACACGAGCUCAUAUUUUUAUUUUUCAAAUUAUGCAUAUGGAAAUUUUUUUUGUCCAUCUGAGGACACUGAUUUUUGUCAAUGUUUAUGUCUAAAACUCUUAGCAAAGUGCCUUCUGAUCUAUAUUUAUACAAUGUCAUUUCAUUGUUACUUCCCACAGAAAGUAAUCCAAAUUCUUUCAUCAUGCAGUGACAUUUUGUCAUAAUUUUUGUUACUAUUUGUCAUAUGUGUUAUUGCACUGGCAGCUGGCAGCAAUAUUUUGUCAUAAUUUCUAUUGAUGUGACCUUGUCAUAAUUACUGUAAUUCCAAUGACAUACUGUCAUAAUUUCUAUUGUUGCACUUGCAUUUUCAAUUUGUCAUAAUUUCUAUUAUAGUGACAUUGUCAUAGUUUCUAUAAGUUGGGAAACAUUUUCUCAUUUUUGUCUAUAUUUCCAGUGACAGUUGGUCAUUUCUUUUUAUUCCAGCAACAGAUUGUCUUGAUUUCAAUUAUUCCAAUACUAUUUUGUCCCCAUUUAACCAGGGCUGUAAGUGGGAAAUAAAACCUUACAAUUCCAUCCUUAUAUUUAAAUUUAGUUAUGAAAUCCAUCAGUGGUUCUCAAUCUUCAUAAAAAAAAAUAAUUAAAAAUUAAAAUUUAAAAACAAGUCCACAGCCCUGGGUCUAACCAGCAGAUGAUUACUUCUAAUAUUUACCAUUGACGUCACUCAAGAGGGGUAAAGACUGCAUGCACGUAUUUAUUGAGAACUGUUGGGAAGACAAGGCUUUAUUCACAUUUGUUUUAUUUGGUGUCAAUGUUAACACUUCUGACACGGAAUUCAUUCUCUAGAGACAGGCUUCAGGACAUCAGGGAAACGGCUUUAACAAGCUGCACUCGGGCGAAAGUUGGCUGUAAAUAGUCAGCGGUGCACCCUGUUAGUGCUGCACGGUGCACCCUGUUAGUGCUUCACGUUUUCAACAGGGUCCUUGAUGCAGUGCGCCCAAUUGUAAGGUUCUUGGACGAUUUGAUCACGGCCGAAAUUUUGUAAAAAGGUGGAGAUGAGUCGAUUACUGAUAGAAUUGAGAGCUGAGGGAUGUUACUUUUAAAACAGAUUGGCCAAAUGAAACGAACUAUGAACCUGCCAGUUUUAAGAAUUAAAGAUUCAGAGUGGUAU